AUAUAGAGAGAGAGAGGUUGAAGGUUCAUUCAACAAACGCCCUGCGAACACCGCACACAGACCCCUGACGAAAAACCGUUGGGGGUGAUUCUGACUCAGUCCGAGUCAUAUUCAACCGUUGAAACUCGUCUCCGACUCGUUCCCCUUAUAGCUCGCUGGGAUCUAAGAUAAGCAGGCCAUCUCACAAUGAAGGCUCUCAUUCUAGUUGGUGGUUUUGGAACUCGGUUGAGACCAUUGACACUUAGUGUCCCAAAGCCUCUUGUCGAUUUUGCUAACAAACCUAUGAUCCUGCAUCAGAUUGAGGCUCUCAAGGCUAUUGGAGUGAGUGAAGUGGUUCUAGCUAUCAAUUACCAACCAGAGGUGAUGUUGAACUUCUUAAAGGACUUUGAGGCUAAACUUGGAAUCAAAAUCACGUGCUCACAAGAGACUGAGCCACUUGGUACUGCAGGUCCUCUGGCUCUGGCUAGGGACAAACUGAUAGAUGAUUCUGGUGAGCCAUUUUUUGUACUUAACAGUGAUGUUAUCAGUGAAUACCCCCUCAAAGAGAUGAUCGAAUUCCACAAAUCCCAUGGAGGCGAGGCUUCGAUAAUGGUAACCAAGGUUGACGAGCCAUCAAAAUAUGGUGUGGUGGUUAUGGAAGAAUCAACUGGCCAAGUUGAGAGAUUUGUAGAAAAACCUAAAUUAUUUGUGGGUAACAAGAUCAAUGCUGGAAUAUACUUGCUGAACCCAUCUGUUCUUGAUCGAAUUGAACUGAGGCCCACCUCAAUUGAAAAAGAGGUCUUCCCAAAAAUUGCAGCCCAGAAACAACUUUACGGCAUGGUUUUACCAGGCUUUUGGAUGGACAUUGGACAGCCUAGGGACUACAUUACUGGCCUGAGACUUUACCUUGACUCCUUGAGAAAGAAAUCUCCAUCUAAAUUGUCUACUGGACCUCAUAUUGUAGGAAAUGUUCUGGUUGAUGAGACCUCGAAAAUUGGCGAAGGAUGUUUAAUUGGUCCUGACGUUGCAAUUGGCCCAGGCUGUGUGGUUGAGGCAGGAGUUAGACUCUCUCGCUGCACCGUAAUGCGUGGGGUCCGCAUCAAGAAACACGCAUGCAUUUCAAGUAGCAUCAUUGGGUGGCACUCAACUGUUGGGCAGUGGGCUCGCGUGGAGAACAUGACAAUUCUUGGAGAGGAUGUUCACGUCUGCGAUGAGAUUUACAGCAAUGGGGGCGUAGUUUUGCCACACAAAGAGAUCAAAUCGAGCAUUUUGAAGCCAGAGAUAGUUAUGUGAAGGUAUGGUGUUGGUAGUAGUAAGUUAUCUAUUGUGUUUUGAAUUUGGAUGUGUUCUGUCCCAUUUAUGUGUUUUUUCCCCAUUUCUCCUACUUUGCAAGUGUAAAACUCAGUGCUACAAGUUGGGAUAUGAUUGUGAGCUACAGUUCUGAAGGUGUUAAGUGUCUGUUUUGAGGGGUUUAUAUAUUGAUCAGUGGUGUGAGCUAUGUAUCUUUAAAUGUUUAUAGAAAUAAAUUAUUUGUUUGUUUAGCUUAA